CCUGCCCGGGGCGGGGCGGGGCUCUUGGCGAAGGCGGGGCCUUUACCCCUGGCCCCGCCCCCCGGGCGCUCCCCGCCCCCUGGCAGCCGCGGCGGCUCCUUCUCCAUACAAGGCGCGGCGCGAGGCGGGGGGCGGGGCCACGGCGGGGGGCGGGGCGGGGAGCCCCGGGGCGGCCGCGGCUAAUUAGCGCUAAUGACACUAAUGACAGCUCAUUACAGCUGAUGACAGCGGGCAGGGCCGCGGGGCUGGGGUGGGACGGGCUGUACUGGGCUGUGCUGGGACGUACUGGGAUGUGCUGAGCUGUACUGGGGUAUACUGGGAGGUAGUGAGGGAUACUGGGCUGUGUACUGGGCGGGGGUAUACUGUGGUGUGCUAGGAGUCUUUCCACUGUGCCUUUUGUAACCGGACCUGUCUGUCUCGCAUUGGCCUUUUUAGCCCCCAGCGCGCUUGUAGCAAAUGUGGGUAGAGCCCUUCCCAAAUCCUCGUUCGCGAAGCCCAGCCAUGAUGAUGAGGAGGACAUACUGGGAUGUGGUGGGGUGUACCGGGGUGUAUUGGGAUGUAUCGAGGUGUACUGAGGUGUAUCGGGGCACACUGGGCUGGGUGCAGGAUGGGCCGCAGCCGGGGAGUCCCAGCAGUGAGUCCCCCGGGGUCCUGCCACCACCCUGGUCCCCAUCCCUGAGCCCCCUGGCUGUGCUGGGGCGGAGCGGGACCCCCACUGACUGUCCCUGCUCGGCCUCAAAUCCCUGGCACUGGCUGGAGUACCCUGGGACACGGCAGGGCCUCAGCCCCCCACAGCCCUGCGGGACCCCCACUGCCCCCUACGGCCUCUGAGGGCACAGAGAAGGUGACGCCGUCCCCGUGGGGACAGCCCAUUGCUGGGCCCUGGCCAAGCCCGGCCCCGUGUCCCCCACCCCCGCGUCCCUCCUCCCCCAUGUCCCCUUCCCCGUCCCCUCCCCCCUCCAGCUGCCGGCAGCUGUUUGUGCUUAACCCACGCUCGCAGCUCCCCGAGGGCGGGGGGUUCCCGCGCCCUGACGUCACCGUGGGGUCGGAGCCAAGGCGUGAUGUCACCGGGAGGCCGUGACAUCACCGCGCGGUCCGGGGAAGCCAUGGCGUCACCGCAGGCCUAGGACCGCGGUGGCCCUGGGUGGCCGCGGUGUCACCGCCGGCUGCUCCAGUGCCCCCGGUGUCCUCAGCGCGGUGUCAGGGUCGGGCUGGGGGCGCGGGGCAGCGCCUGGCUCGGCACCGGCACCGGGACGUGUAACCUGGCACGGGGACACGGGGACACGGGGACACGGGGACACAGGGACGUGGCAGUGCUGGAUGCGGUGCCGGGACCUGCCGCGGCUGUGCCCGGGGCAGAGCGCGGGGCGGGGGCACCGGCGGCCGGGUGGACGCGGGGCACCGUGCGAGGCGGCGCCGGUGGCGGUGGCGCUGGCAGUGCUGGUGGCGGUACCGCAGCGGUAGCCCCGCCGCCCCGCUGGCCGCCCGCGCCCUGGCCCCCUGCCCGGCCCCUCUGGCUUCCCCGGCCCGGCCUAACGAGGAGCAGAUGUGGCGGCGGCGGGGCCGGCGGGGCCGCGGUGCCCGGCGCGGCCGCGGCGGGGGCGGCGGUGGGCAGGAAGCGGGGGGCCCCGGGGACCCCGCCGGCGGGCAGCGGCAGCGGGGCGGCCCUGCCGGCGAGGGGCUGGCCGAGGGGCGGCCGGGGGGAGGGCAGAGCCGAGCCGUGCCGAGCCGAGCCGCCCAGAGCCGCGGAGCCGCGACGGGACACCCUAUGCGCUCCUGAGCCGCGCCGGACCGGGCUGACCGAGCCGAGCGGAGCCGCCCCAGCCCAGCAUGGCCCCCUGGCUCUGGCCGUGCCUCCUGGCCGCACAGGCCCUGGCCGCCAACUUUCCCCCCCGGUACAGCCUCUACACCGGCGGGGCCGCCCCGCUCGCCCCCGGCGCGGCCGCGGCCCACAGCGGUGCCCGGGCCGCCGGCCGGCACAGGAACUGGUGUGCCUACGUGGUGACGCGCAGUGUGAGCUGUGUGGUGGAGGACGGUGUCGAGAGCUUCAUCAAGCCGGACUAUCAGCCCUGCCCCUGGGGGCAGCUCCAGUGCCCCCGGGUCCUGGCGUACCGCAGCUUCCUGCGGCCCCGCUACAAGGUGGCCCAGCGGACGGUGUCGGAGCUGGCCUGGCGCUGCUGCCAGGGAUACUCGGGCCCAGACUGCACCGAGGGACCCGCGCCAGCGUCCCCCCAGCCCACCGGCCGCCCCCCGCCCCGGCCCGGCCGCCCCACGCUCUCCGGCUUCGGCAACACCCUCAGCGGCCUGGGGGGUGAAGGCGGCGGGGACGCGGAGAAGAUGCGGCGACUGGAGGAGCAGGUGCGGCAGCUGAGCGAGCAGGUGGAGGAGCUGCGGGCCGGGCAGGAGCCGCCGCCCCGGGGGGCGGAGGGGCACCCCGGGGGCGAGCAGCCGGCCGACGCGGCCGCCCCCGCAGAGGUGCGGGAGGCGCUCAGCCACGUCCAGAAGCGGCUGGAGGAGCUGGAGACCCGCCUGCGCCGCACCGAGGGCGGCCGGGACGGCCCGGGGGCGCCGGGGGGCCCGGGGACCGCGUCACUGCUCGACCUGGAGCGGCGGCUGCAGGAGCUGUGCGCUGCCUGCACGAUCGGCACCGAGGGGCUGCGGCGGCAGGCGGCCGAGGACCGGGACCGCAUGCGGGCGCUGGAGAAGCUGGUGGGCUCGGUGGACAAGCGCAACCGGGAUGCGGUGGAGUCGGUGCAGCGGCACAUCAGCAGCCUGAGCAGCCGCCUGGCCCCUGUCCCCCCUGCCCCGCCACCCCCGGACGUGCUCCGGCGCCUGGCGGAGCUGGAGCGGCGGCUGGAAGGGCUGCCGGUGCCGGCGGCGGGGCCGGGGCAGGGGCCGGUGCUGGCGCGGCGGCUGACGGAGCUGGAGGGGCGGCUGAACGCCUCCCGCGCCGGCCCGUGGCCCUCCGAGCCCGAGGGGCGGCCGGGGGGGCUGCCGGGGCGCCUGGCCAACCUCAGCCGGGCGGUGGAGGGGCUGGCAGCCAGCGGGGCUCAGCGCGGCGCCCGCCUGGACGAGCUGGAGGGGCUGCUGGCCCGCUGCGGCCACCCCUGCCCAGGGCAGGACGGGCACGACGGGGCCCUCGGCCCCCACCUCCGGCAGCCGCAGGACACCGAGGGGCUCCGUGGGGCCGGGCUGGCCGGGACCCUGGGGGGGCUGCUGGGGGCACAGGGAGAGGCGCUGGUCGAGGAGCUGGAGGAGCUCCGCAACCGGACGGGGCGGCUGGAGGCAGCGCUGGAGAGGCUGAGCGGUGACCCCUGCGCCCGGCCCUGUGCCCCUCUGCCCCCCCGGGAGCCAGAGCAGCUCCAGCCCGGCCCCACGGAGCCAGGGGAGCUGGAGGCACCGCUGGAGGGGUUCGGCGUCUUCGGGGGCACGUCGCCCUCGGAGCUGCGGGAGCUGCGGGGGGAGCUGGCGGCAGCGCUGCGGGCCCUGAGCGGCCUCAACGCCACGGUGGAGGGGCUGCAGGACGCGCUGGAUCAGCAGGACGCCCGGCAGCGCCAGCUGGGCUCCAUCACCGACCGCGUGGUGGCCGAGCUGGACCAGGCGGCGGCGGCGGCGGCGGCGCGACAGGCCGAGAGCGAGGAGCGGCUGGAGGCUCUGGCGCGGGAGCUGGCGCGGGCCGGGGGCUGCCCGGCGGGGCUGGAGCCGCGCGUGGCCAAGUUGGAGGGGGUCUGCGAGCAGCUGGAGGCGGUGGCCGGGGGGCUGCGGGGCGUCCGUGAGGGGCUGGGCCGGCACGUGGCCGGGCUGUGGGGGGCCGUGCGGGACCUGAACGCCACGGCCCGCGCCCAGGCCGCGCUGCUGGAGAAGGCGCUGGAGCUGCCGCCCCGGCUCGGAGCCCUCAACGCCAGCCUGGGCCAUCUGCGCGGGGAGCUGAACCGCCUGGCACGGCUGGAGCGCCACGGCCCCCCUGGCCCCCCUGGACCUGCUGGACCUGCGGGCGAGACAGGCCCUCGCGGCCCACCUGGGCCUCCUGGAAAGGAUGGAGAGCAGGGUUCCGUGGGCCCCCCUGGGCUGCCCGGAGAGAGAGGCGAGGUCGGGGAGCCGGGCUCGGUGCCCCGCGUCGCCUUCUCGGCCGCCCUGAGCACCCAGCGCACGGAGCCGGGCACCGUCCUCUUCGACCAGGUGCUGCUCAACGACGGCGGCUCCUACGACCCCGAGACAGGCACGUUCACGGCACCGGUGCCCGGGCGGUACCUGGUGAGCGCGGUGCUGACGGGGCACCGGGGCGAGGGGCUGGAGGCCGUCCUGUCCCGCUCCGGCCACGGCAUCGCCCGCCUGGACUCGGCCGGAUUCCAGCCCGAGGGGCUGGAGAAGGGGCCGGUGGCCGCGCAGGCCCCCAGCCCCGGUGCCCUCGGCGUCUUCAGCCUCCUGCUGCCGCUGGCGGCCGGCGAGACCCUGUGCGUGGAGCUGGUGUCGGGGCGCUUGGCCCACGCGCCCGACGAGCCCCUCACCACCUUCAGCGCCGCCCUGCUCUACGACGCCGAGGAGCCCUAGAGCCGCCGGGCCCCCGGCGGGGGCACAGCUGGGCCGGGGGGUCCCCACACCCCCACGGGACCCCCCCCACCCGCCCCCUUAUUUAUCAGCACCCCUCAGCCCUCGCUGCCCCACCGUCACACGCUCCCGCCCCACACCACCCGCCCCGGCCCCCCACGCCGCCCCCCGGCCCCCCACUGCCCCCAAUAAAGACGCGGCACCGGGUUUUGUA